CAGAACUUUACUUGUGGGGGCUCAUCGGGGAACACCUCAGGUUGAGGGAGGAGAGAGACGAGGAAGAGGCAGAGAAGAGAGGCAGGGCAGGGCAGAGCUCUGGUGCUAGUGUGUGUGUGUGUGCAGUGUUCUUGUGAGCUCCCGAAGAGGAGAACUGCUGGCAAGGCUCUGGUCUCAGCUGAAACCUGUUAGGACUCUGGAGAUCACCCAUCCCACCAAUACCCUCUACUCCAACUAGCAGUGGGACACCCAUCCUUGAAAAGUAUCUUCUGCAAGAUUAUCUCCAUCUCUUUUUUCUUCUUCUUCUUCUUCUUUUCAUCUUCUUUGGAUUAUCAAACCAGGUAGAAGACCCUGUCCACACCCAUAUCCAGUAAGAGGGAAAAGCAAAGAGAGGCCUUAGUGGGGGAGAAAAAACCUGGCCACAGUCUACACAACUAUAAACACAAGCCUUUCCAGGGGAUUUCUAUAUUUGGAGUUCACAACCCAUCGCUAAGGAACUCGUUUAUUAUAUAACUACAGGAAAAAGAAGAAGACAGGGCCCAUCGAGGAUCAGACUGGAAAAAAAAGAGCACAAAAAGUAGCUUUUUAAAAACCUUGUACGGAUAGAUAUAGUUACUUUUUCUGGAGGGGAAAAAAUGUCUCAAACAAUGUCUCGCUGGGGGCGGAAAAAUGUGAAGAAGGCCCCCGAAGUGGUCAAAACUGUGACAGAAGGACUCAAGACCCUCUAUCGGGAGAAGCUUCUGCCCCUGGAGCAGCACUACGGCUUCCAUGACUUCCAUUCCGCAAGUCUGGAGGACGCCGACUUCGACAACAAGCCCAUGGUGCUGGUGGUGGGACAGUACUCCACGGGGAAGACAACCUUCAUCAGAUACCUGCUGGAGCAGGACGUUCCUGGUAGUCGCGUGGGGCCUGAGCCAACCACAGACUGCUUCACUGCCAUCAUGCACGGAGACGUGGAAGUGCUGACCCCAGGAAAUGCUCUCAUUGUGGACCCCAACAAGCCCUUCCGCAAGCUCAACGCCUUCGGGAACACGUUCCUCAACAGGUUCCAGUGUGCCCAGAUGACCAAUCAGGUGCUGGAGAGCAUCAGCAUCAUCGACACCCCGGGCAUCCUCUCGGGGGCCAAGCAGAGAGUGAGCCGAGGUGAGGCCAGUUCGAAAGGGUAUGACUUCCCUGCCGUUCUGCGUUGGUUUGCGGAACGCGUGGAUCGCAUCAUCUUGCUCUUUGAUGCGCACAAGCUGGAAAUCUCUGACGAGUUCUCGGAGGCCAUCGCCGCGCUGAAGGGCAACGAGGACAAGCUGCGCGUGGUGCUGAACAAAGCCGACAUGGUGGGCACCCAGCAGCUGAUGAGGGUGUACGGAGCGCUCAUGUGGUCCCUGGGGAAGGUGUUUGGCAGCCCCGAGGUGCUGCGCGUCUACAUCGGCUCCUUCUGGUCCGAGCCGCUGAUGGUGCCGGAUAAUCGCAGGCUAUUCGAGCUGGAGGAGGAGGACUUGUUCACCGACAUCCAGAACCUUCCGAGAAACGCGGCCUUGCGGAAACUUAACGACCUGGUCAAGAGGGCUCGUCUGGUCAGGGUGCAUGCCCACAUCAUCAGCUAUUUGAAGCAGGAGAUGCCGUCCGUCUUCAGGAAGGACAACAAGAAGAAGAAUCUGAUCCACCAGCUGCCGGUCAUCUUCUCCAAGAUACAGCUGCAGCACCACAUCUCGGCCGGGGACUUCCCCGAUUGCGCCAAAAUGCAGGAGCAACUCUUGGUCCACGACUUCACCAAGUUCAAGCCCCUGAAGCCCAACCUGAUGGCUGCACUUGAUGAGUUCCUGGCCACCGACAUCUCCAAGCUGAUGCCCCUGCUCCGCCAGGAGGAGCUGGAGGCGGGCGACCAGCCCGGGGUGCAGGGCGGCGCUUUCCUGGGGACCCGCGGGGGCCCGUUCUUGGAGAACGACCCCUUCGCCCAGCUGGAGGAGAACGGAGAGGUCGGCGAGGAAGGUGGGGAAGGUGGGGAAGACUGGGUCGUGACCAAAGACAAGCCCAAGUACGACGAGAUCUUCUACAACCUGGCGCCCAACGAGGGCAAGCUGAGCGGCACCAAGGCCAAGGACUGGAUGGUGAGCACGCGGCUGCCCAACUCGGUGCUGGGACGCAUCUGGAAGCUGUCGGACGUCGACCGCGACGGCAUGCUGGACGACGAGGAGUUCGCCCUGGCCAGCCACCUGAUCGAGGUCAAGCUGGACGGGCACGGGCUGCCUCCCGAGCUCCCGGCACGCCUGGUGCCCCCCUCCAAGAGGCGUCAGAAAGGCUCCGACGCAUAAGCAUAAGCACAGCCAGCGUCCCCCACACUACUGUCAGUUCCCCAACCUUGCACACUUACACUGAUUUACUACUACCAAAGAGCUGUCACCGUCGUAGCUGCUACUAUUGUGCUUGUUUGGUCCCAUUCUUCUGACCACACCUUGCUUUGCUAUUGUAAGCACAUUUCAGCAGAUUUUGAGAUUAUGUUGCUUCAGAAAGUCCAAACCCAGCCGUGUUACUCCUCUUGUCUGUGAACUUAAUACACUAUAUUUUGAGUUAAUUCAUAACUUUUACUUAAAGUAAGAGCAACACUAUUGAGUGUUAAAUUUGACUCCAUUAGGCCUACAUUACACAUAUGUGGAUAUUUUUUUUAAACUAUCAUUUUUUUAUCCGUAUACCUAUUUUGAUAUGGUUUACUCAGCAUGUGGAUAAAAAAAUCACCACUGAAACUGGUGGGUUUAAGAAUUAAAAAAAAAAAAAAUCCACUUUGGGGAACUAGCACUCUGUUUACGCGUAAACAGAAGGCCCAAACGGAUAUGUUUACAAUAAUAUCCACAUACUGUACGUGUAAACAGGGUGUACGCCCUGAGUGUUGAAUUAACACUCUGCCCUUAUUUUGUUGAAUUAACACUGCACUCUUAGAUUAUGAAUUACCUGAUGAUUGUGUACAAAAUGUAUGCAGCUGGUUCAGAAAAUGUCUGGAUAAAAUAUGUGGCAAUGUGUUUUCACUUUCGAAGCUCAUGAUUUCCACAUCUGACUUUCAGCAGCUUCACCGAGUCAUUUAAUGAAAUAAAUUAUAACUAGUUUAAUAUGCUUGCACUUCAUUCAGUGAAGGGAGUGGUGCUUCCAUCCAACACAUAUUGGGUUUGAGAGAUAACAGAUUGAAGGCAAGCCUUGAAAAAAAUAAAAAAUAAAAAUGUUUGCGUGGUAAGCAAACAGAAAUAACAAACUUAUCACCUCUGUAUAUAUUUAUGAAAAAGAAGUAUAGCUUUUUUAUGGCAAGCUUUGUUUUGUUGGAUAAUGGCCUACUUCAGGCUAUUGCUGUGUAUUAGUUUAGCUAAGCUUAUUGAAAGUACCAUACCAUUUGUGCAAAUGGCAAAAUGUAAGUAUUUUGGUGUCUCUCUGUGACUUUGUAAUUAUUAUUUUUGUACUAAACAAUUUCUGUGUGAAUGUCACAAUAUGUAAAACACAACUGUGUAUCAGCACACAAAAAGAAACUAUGAAAAAGGAAAUAAAAUCUUUGCUACUACUGUAUACAGCUUCACCAGCAUUUUUGUAUGUAAUCCGUACGUUGUUGUCUCUACCGCCUCAAAUAAAGUGAACAAACCUAUCUUA